UGACAUCUUUCCCACGUAUCAUGGCAAGCAAUAAUCAUCGCAUUCUCACUUUGAUCACUCACAAACUCAACCUCGCAUUCAUAGAAUCCAUCAAGCUUCAUAAAAAAAUCAGGAUCGUCGUCGACCUUUCCAGGAAUACAACAACCGAGGCCGAGCGCUCUGUCCCUUCCGGUCAAAGCCUCGAGCUUCCGCCUACCACUUCCGACAUAUUCCAGAACUGUCCUCGAUUCCGAAUUCUGGUGAUAGGAAAGACUGGCGUUGGCAAGUCAUCACUGAUCAGCAACGCAUUUGGAGUGGAAAAACAGAUCGUUGCGCACGAUAAGCCAGGCGAUGCCAGCAUCGACGAUGAGUUCAUCUCAUCUCAGAACAACAGGUUUGUUCUCCACGAUAGCAAAGGUUUCGAACCAGGGGACAAAGACAACCUCAAAAUAGUCCGAGAUUUCCUCAAUCCCGAUCUGGCGGCGCGCGCAACUGGAAGAGGCGAAUGAGAUGGUUUUGUUGGGGGCGUGGUUUCAAUAAAUGGACGAUGCGUUUACACGCUUGUCACACAUCGAUAGGCCCUCGCUCGAGCUAAUGGGGUCCGCAUUCUAUCUUCAGCCCAAUUGAGUCGAGCAGGUGCUGUUGUCUGACCUCGCGGGUGCGCCAGGCGAAGCUAGAGAGCUUUAUAAAUGCACGGCAUGCACCGAAUCAGCGGCUUCUCCGAGGAAAUUGAUAGAGUUGUGUUGCCUGGUGGCUGGUACUAGCCUACUCGGUGCGUUUUGUUCUUGUUAUCUUUAGACGGGAAUGACUCAGACAGUAUGCUUCACUUGAUGUCCGUGUCCACCAUCCAGACUCCAUCGGCAUAAACUAGGGUAUUGACUUAUACCCUUGGAGGAACGCACCUACAAGCAGAGGGGCACCCAAGUUUGCAGGGGAUCGCCCAGAAUGAUAGCGUUG